AUGGUGAAGUUCUCGCGGGAGUACGAUGCCAGCAUCAUCCCCGAGUGGAAGCCCGCCUUCGUCGACUACAGGGACCUCAAGAAGCUCAUCAAGAGGAUCAAGGUCGAACGGCGCGACGCCGACGACAGCAGCAGCGCAGGAGACUCCUCGCCGGAGACUGCCGCCCUCGCCGCCGGCGUCGAGAGCGCCGGCUAUGGCGCUGGCUUCUCCGUGCUCGACCCCGUCCGCGCCCUCGCCGCCCGGUUCGCGCCCAGGGUGCAGGCCUCCAUGGUGCGUGCUUGCGAUGACGAGGAGAGCGGGGAUUCCGGCGAGCUCGUGCGAUCCACGGACAAGCAUGAGCGGGAGUUUCUGGAGAAGGCGGACGAGGAGCUGGAGAAGGUGAGCACCUUCUACGCGGCGCAGGAGGCGGAGCUGCUCGGCCGCGGCGAGGCGCUCAUCGACCAGCUCCGCAUCCUCGCCGACGUCAAGCGCAUCCUGGCCGACCACGCCGCCACCCGCCGCGCCCGGGGCUCUGGCCGCGGCCGCUCGGUACCGGCGGUGGCGCCGCCCUCGCCGGCGCUCAGCAACUCCGGCCGCUACCUCCUCUCGGGCCUCGCCACGCCGCAGUCCAUGUCAGAUGGGAGCGUGGAGCAGCAGCAGGCGCAGAUGACGGAGGGCGCGGCGGUGGCGGACGAGGUGAUGGCGGCGCUGGAGCGCAACGGCGUCAGCUUCGUGGGGCUGCCGGGGAAGAAGGACGCCAAGAAGGAGGGCAGCGGCAGGGGCGGGAGGCUGCAGCUGCCGUCGACGGUGCGCAUCGACAUACCGGCGAGCAACCCGGGGCGGGCGGCGCUCAAGGUGUGGGAGGAGCUGGUGAACGUGCUGCGCAAGGACGGCGCCGACCCCGCCGCCGCCUUCGUCCACCGCAAGAAGGUGCAGCACGCCGAGAAGAACAUCCGCGACGCCUUCAUGGCGCUCUACCGCGGCCUCGAGCUGCUCAAGAAGUUCAGUUCUCUGAAUGUAAAGGCCUUCACCAAGAUUCUCAAGAAAUUCGUCAAGGUGUCGGAGCAGCAGCGAGCAACGGACCUUUUCUCGCAGAAGGUGAAGAGGUCAUCGUUCAGCACGUCCGACAAGGUGCUUCAGCUGUCGGACGAGGUGGAGGCACUCUUCCUGAAGCACUUCGCGGGCAACGACAGGAUGGUGGCGAUGAAGUACCUCAACCCGCAGCAGCCCAAGAACACCCACAUGAUCACCUUCCUCGUAGGGUUGUUCACGGGCACAUUUGUGAGUUUGUUCAUCAUAUACGCCAUCCUGGCACAUGUUUCCGGCAUUUUCGCCUCAACUGGAAACACGGCCUACAUGGAGGUAGUCUACCAUGUCUUCAGCAUGUUCGCACUCAUCAGCCUGCACUGCUUCCUCUACGGGUGCAACCUCUUCAUGUGGAAGAGCACCCGGAUAAACCAGAAUUUCAUCUUCGACUUCGCCCCCAACACCGCCCUCACGCACCGGGACGCCUUCCUCAUGUCCGCCUCCAUCAUGUGCACCGUCGUCGCCGCCUUGGUCAUCAACCUCUUCCUCAGGAAUGCCGGCGCAUCCUAUGCCAACGCCGUGCCCGGGGGGCUCAUAGUGCUGUCAGCCGGACUUUUACUCUGCCCGUUCAAUGUGUUCUACCGCUCGACACGUUACUGCUUCAUGCGCAUCAUGCGCAACAUCAUGUUCUCACCAUUCUACAAGGUUCUGAUGGCCGAUUUCUUCAUGGCUGACCAAUUAACUAGUCAGAUCCCGUUGUUAAGGCACAUGGAGUUUGCAGCGUGCUACUUCAUGGCAGGAAGCUUUAGGGCUAACCCAUAUGAGACUUGUACUACCAGCCAGCAGUACAAACACCUGGCCUAUGUCAUCUCUUUUCUCCCUUACUAUUGGAGAGCUAUGCAGUGUUUAAGAAGGUACAUAGAAGAACAUGACAUUAAUCAGCUGGCCAAUGCUGGGAAGUACGUGUCGGCGAUGGUGGCGGCUGCCGUCAGAUUCAAGUACAAUGUCACACCGACACCAUUCUGGAUGUGGAUGGUCCUCAUCUCGUCCUCAGGCGCCACCGUUUACCAGCUCUACUGGGACUUUGUCAAGGAUUGGGGCUUUUUCACUCCCAAAUCUAAGAACCUAUGGCUCAGGGAUGAUCUCAUCCUGAAGAACAAGUUCACCUACUACAUUUCCAUGAUGCUAAAUCUAGUGCUUCGGCUAGCAUGGGCUCAAAGUGUGAUGAAGAUCCGUAUUAAUAAGAACGAGACUCGCCUGCUGGAUUUCUCCCUUGCUUCCUUGGAGAUAAUCCGACGAGGACACUGGAAUUUCUACAGGCUGGAGAACGAACACUUGAACAAUGUUGGCAAGUUCAGAGCAGUGAAGACUGUCCCAUUACCAUUUCGUGAACUCGAAACGGAUUGA